UUAUAUGCUACUCAACCCCCUCUUCAUUUCUCCUACUACCAAGUCACCUCUAUCUCUCUUCAUUCUCUCUCAUCCAAGCAAGAAUCAUGGUCUUUCACUAGCUUCUAUCUUCUUGAAGUUGAUUAAUUUUUGAGCUCUUUUUGUGUCUUCUCCUUCAACAUGGGCAGCACAAAAGGCAUCAGUCUUGAAGAGAUCAAGAAUGAAGCUGUUGAUUUGGAAAGGAUUCCUGUAGACGAAGUAUUCGAGCAGCUAAAAUGCACGAGAGAAGGCCUUACUUCGGAGGAAGGAGAGAACAGGCUGAAAAUAUUUGGUCCAAACAAAUUGGAAGAGAAAAAGGAAAGCAAGCUUCUCAAGUUUCUAGGCUUCAUGUGGAACCCACUGUCAUGGGUCAUGGAGGCUGCAGCCCUGAUGGCUAUAGUCCUCGCCAACGGGGAUGGCAGGCCUCCCGACUGGCAGGACUUCGUUGGCAUUGUCGCGCUUCUGUUCAUCAAUUCCACCAUCAGUUUCAUCGAAGAAAACAAUGCUGGCAACGCUGCUGCAGCUCUCAUGGCUGGACUCGCGCCAAAAACCAAGGUCUUGAGAGACGGUCGAUGGACUGAGCAGGACGCGGCCAUCCUUGUCCCGGGUGAUAUAAUAAGCAUAAAGCUAGGAGAUAUCAUCCCUGCUGAUGCUCGUCUCCUUGAAGGCGACCCCUUGAAAGUCGACCAAUCUGCACUGACCGGAGAGUCCCUCCCAGUAACCAAGAGCCCCUCGGAUGAGGUCUUCUCCGGGUCAACGUGCAAGCAAGGAGAGAUCGAGGCUGUUGUCAUUGCAACGGGAGUCCACACGUUCUUUGGCAAGGCUGCUCAUCUGGUGGACAGCACCAACCAAGUUGGACACUUCCAGCAGGUUCUGACCGCCAUCGGGAACUUCUGCAUCUGCUCCAUCUUCGUGGGGAUAAUCAUCGAGAUCAUAGUCAUGUAUCCGAUACAGCACCGCAAGUACAGGGAUGGGAUUGACAAUCUGCUGGUCCUUUUGAUUGGAGGGAUCCCCAUUGCCAUGCCAACCGUGUUGUCCGUUACCAUGGCUAUUGGAUCCCACCGGCUCUCUCAGCAGGGCGCCAUCACGAAACGAAUGACAGCCAUAGAGGAAAUGGCCGGGAUGGACGUCCUCUGCAGUGACAAGACAGGAACACUCACUUUGAACAAGCUGACUGUUGACAAGAGCCUCAUUGAAGUUUUUGUGAAGGGAUUGGAUAGGGAGCAGGUGAUUUUGCUCGCUGCUCGGGCUUCGAGAACUGAGAAUCAAGAUGCCAUAGAUGCUGCCAUUGUAGGGAUGCUUGCUGAUCCAAAGGAGGCGAGAGCUGGUAUAAGAGAGGUGCAUUUUCUGCCUUUCAACCCUGUGGAUAAGAGGACUGCAUUAACCUACAUAGAUUCCAAUGGGAACUGGCAUCGAGCGAGCAAAGGUGCACCCGAGCAGAUAUUGGAACUUUGUCAUAGCAAGGAGGAUGUGAGGAAGAAAGUUCAUUCUGUUAUAGAUAAGUUUGCUGAACGUGGGCUUCGUUCUUUGGGAGUUGCCAGACAGGAAGUUCCUGAGAAGACGAAGGAGAGCCUUGGAGGGCCGUGGCAGCUCGUUGGCCUGCUGCCUUUGUUCGAUCCGCCUAGGCAUGACAGUGCAGAAACAAUCCAGAGAGCCUUGAAUCUUGGUGUGAAUGUGAAGAUGAUCACCGGUGAUCAGCUAGCCAUUGCAAAGGAGACGGGGCGCAGGCUUGGAAUGGGGACGAACAUGUACCCUUCCUCGUCGUUGCUUGGACAAGACAAGGACAAAUCUAUAGCAGCACUUCCUGUGGAUGAGCUGAUCGAGAAAGCCGAUGGCUUUGCUGGAGUUUUUCCUGAGCACAAAUACGAAAUCGUGAAGAGAUUGCAAGAGAGGAAGCACAUAUGUGGUAUGACCGGGGAUGGUGUGAACGAUGCUCCAGCUCUGAAGAAGGCAGAUAUAGGCAUUGCUGUUGCUGAUGCAACGGAUGCUGCUCGAGGCGCAUCAGACAUCGUCUUGACAGAGCCGGGGCUGAGCGUCAUCAUAAGCGCUGUGCUCACGAGCAGGGCUAUUUUCCAGAGAAUGAAGAAUUACACUAUAUACGCCGUCUCAAUCACAAUCCGUAUAGUGUUUGGAUUCAUGCUUAUAGCUCUGAUAUGGAAGUUCGACUUCGCUCCGUUCAUGGUUCUGAUAAUUGCCAUAUUAAACGACGGAACAAUCAUGACUAUCUCAAAGGACCGGGUAAAGCCAUCCCCGGUCCCAGACAGCUGGAAACUCAAGGAGAUUUUCGCCACAGGAGUCGUCUUGGGAGGCUACUUGGCAUUAGGGACAGUAGUAUUCUUCUGGCUCGUGAAGGACACCACUAUUUUAUCUGACAAGUUCGGUGUGAGGCCUUUGAAAGACAGUCCUGAGGAGAUAAUGGCUGUGUUGUACCUGCAAGUGAGCAUUGUGAGCCAAGCCCUCAUCUUCGUGACAAGGUCUCGUAGCUGGUCGUUUGCUGAGCGGCCAGGGAUGUUCCUGCUGGGCGCUUUCCUGAUAGCUCAGUUGGUAGCGACGUUGAUAGCUGUUUACGCGAACUGGACGUUUGCGAAGAUCAAGGGGUGCGGAUGGGGCUGGGCGGGCGUUAUCUGGCUCUACAGCAUUGUCACUUACUUCCCUCUCGACAUCCUCAAGUUCUGCAUUCGCUACGUGCUGAGUGGGAAGGCAUGGGAUAAUCUUUUGGAGAACAAGACUGCAUUCACCACCAAAUCCAACUAUGGGAAAGAAGAGAGAGAGGCUCAGUGGGCUGCUGCACAAAGGACUUUGCAUGGCCUUCAGCCACCAGAAACCUCCAAUCUCUUCAACGAGAAGAACAGCUACAGAGAGCUGUCCGAGAUCGCUGAGCAGGCCAAACGACGAGCAGAGGUCGCGAGGCUGAGAGAGCUGCACACGCUCAAGGGGCACGUCGAAUCUGUGGUGAAGCUGAAAGGACUCGACAUCGAUACGAUCCAGCAGCAUUACACAGUCUGAUCCAAUCAAUGUGUGGUGAAGAAGAUGAAGAGAUGCAUGUUGUUGUUUUAAGUAAUCAGCUUAUAGAUAGUUAAACUACUUUUUAUAUAUAAUCUGUAGACCUACUUGAAGAAGCUUGAAGCAGGAAAUUAUAAUAGGAUUCUGAGGUUUACCAUGAAUAAUGAAAUAUUAUAUUGGUUUUUCCUUACUCUAAUGUGACAAUACCAUAAUAUUUUAUGUA